AUGAUUUUUUUCCUUUCUUUUCAUCUUCUUCAUUCAUUGUUUAGUUCUUUCUUUCUUUUUUUCUUUCUUUUCUUUUUUUUCUUUCUUUCCUUCUUUUUUUUAUUUCUUUCUUUUUUUCAUUUCAUUUCUUUCGGCUUUAUUUCAUUCUUUCUUUCUUUCAUCCUUAUUUUCUUUGCUUUUCAUUUUUAUUUCCUUUCUUUCUUUCUUUCUUUCUUUCAUUCCUUCUUUUUUUUUUCUUCUUUUUUUUUGCUUUUCUUCUUCUUUAUUUCUCUAGUGUUGUCCUUCCUUCCUUCCUUGCUUGGUAGCAUUCUUUCUUUCUUUCUUUCUUUUUUUUCUUUCUUUUCUUUCCUUCUUUUUUGGUUUGCUUCCUUUCUUUUCUUCUUUCUUUCUUUCAUUUUUUCUGUGCCUUUCUUCAUUUUUUUUUCUUUUUUUCUUUUCUUUCUUUUAAUCUUUCCUUCAUCUUCUUUCCUUCUUUCUUUCUUUGCUUCAUUUCCAUUCUUUUUUUUUUCUUUCUUUCUUUUAUUUCUUUCUUUUUUUCUUUCUUUCUUUUUUCUUCUCUCAUUUUUUUUUCCCUUUCUUUUUUCUUUUUUUUCUUUCUUUCUUUCUUUCUUUUUCUUCUUCUCUCCAUCCUUUUCAUUUUUUCUUUCUUUUUAUUUUUUUUCUUUCUUUUUUCUUUCUUUUUUUUCUUUCUUUUCUCUCCAUCCUUUCCUUUUUCUUCUUUUCUUUUCUUUUCUUUCUUUUUCAUUCUUUCUUUCUUUCUUUCUUUUCUUUCUUUCUUCUCCAUCCUUUUCUUUUCCUUUCUUUCUUUCUUUCUUUUCUUUCUUUCUUUUCUUUAUUUCCUUUCUUUUCAUUUUCCCUUCUUUCUUUCUUUCUUUUCUUUCUUUCUUUUCUCUCUCCAUCCUUUCAUUUCUUCCUUCUUUCUUUUCUUUUACUUUCUUUUUUCUUUCAUUUCUUUCUUUUCUUUCUUCUCUUCAUCCUUUCAUUUUUCCUUCUUUCUUUUCUUUCUUUUCUUUCUUUUUCUUUCUUUUUCCAUCCUUUCAUUUUUUCUUCUUUCUUUCUUUCUUUCUUUUCUUUUCUUUCUUUCUUUUCAUUUUCCUUUUUUUCUUUCUUUCUUUCUUUCUUUCUUUCUUUCUUUCUUUCUUUCUUUCUUUCUUUCUUUUCUUUCUUUAUCCUUUAAUUUUUUCUUUCUUUCUUUCUUUCUUUCUUUCUUUCUUUCUUUCUUUCUUUUCCUUCUCUCCAUCCUUUCUUUUCCCUUCUUUCUUUCCUUUAUUUCUUUCUUUCUUUCUUUCUUUUCUUCCUUUUUUUUUUUUCUUUCUUUUCUUCUUUCUUUCUUUAAUUUUUCUUCUUUAG